AUGGCGCUCCUGACACCCCAGGCAGUGAAGGAAGUCUUCCAAUUUCAGAAACCGAAAGGUCGGGAGCACCUGCGGAGACUCCUGAACUGGGAGGAGUUUGACGAGCUGAGGGACGCGCGCAGGAGCAUCCUGCUGGACACCGUCUACGACAGCGUCAUCUUCGCGGUGGGCAAAGGCUUCCCGUGGGUGGAGGUGGUGCAGGUGGUCAGGUUCACAGAAGAGCUGCUCACGGAAACCAAAGGCUGCUCCAUCACGGAGGCGGUGACGAUUCUGGGGAACAAGCUCGGAGCCUACCAGAGGCAGUUCAACACCACACACCUGCUGGCCCUCUGUGACUACUUCCACAACACCUUCAUCCGCCACUACCGACUCUACCAGUACGUACUGGGCCAGGACCAGGAGGUCAACCUGACGGUGGCCCGCCUGGAGGUGUGCGCGCCGCCCCAGCCCCUCCCGCUGGCCGAGGGCACGGACAGGGAGGUGUGGAAGCACGAGCAGCAGGUGGCCGAGCUGCAGACGGCCGAGGUGCAGAGGCGCGCCAGCAUGCUGCUGCUGCAGGAGACGCUGCGACUGGAGCAGGCCCAGCUGCUGCAGAAGGCCUUCGGGGGCGAGGUGGCCCCUGCAGAGCCACAGCAGACCCUGAGGAGAGAGGCUCUGGAGCGCCUGGUCAGCGAGGCCAUCCACAUCCAGAUCCAGUGCCUGCAGGAGCUGCUGCAGUAUGAGAUCCAGGUCACUUUCGACAUCUUGGACCUGAGGCUCCAGAAGAAGACGAUGAGUCUCAAUGCCCCUGUCCCCUUCCCACCCAUCACCGGCAAUUUGGGACGAGAGGACACUCACCAGAAGUCCAACAAAGGGAACAAAGGAAAGAAAGCCAAAGCUAAGAAGUAA